CUCAGACUAUAAAGCUUAUGCCUCAUCUCGUCAACUACGUAUCAGUACCUCGAUAACUCAUUCGGAUCUCUUUAAUCAACAAUAUGGCUGAACAACGACCCCCUUUCCCUCCCUACAGCAGAGAGACUGCUCACGCAAAAGUCAAAGCGGCUCAAGAUGGAUGGAACACCCAAGAUCCAUCAAAGGUCAAGAUGGCUUACACACCUGACUCAAUCUGGCGCAAUCGAGAUACUUUCGUCAAGGGUCGUGACCAAAUUGAGAAAUUUUUGACGGAUAAGUGGAAUCGAGAACACGACUAUAAAUUGCGCAAGGAGCUCUUUGCUUUCGAUAACGAUAAGAUCGCUGUGCAGUUUUGGUAUGAGUUUCGCGAUGAUGAUGGUCAGUGGUGGCGAUGCUACGGACUUGAAGAUUGGACCUUUGAUGAGAAUGGUUUGAUGAAGAAGAGGCAAAUGAGCGGAAAUAAUGUCAAGAUCAGUGAGGAGGAUCGCUGGUUCAAGGACGGUGUUGACGUCAACACCGUCGAAAUUGGACCAGAGCACUGGUAAUGGCUCUUCUGAUUCUGGCCGCAGGUUCUGCAGUUCUCACCAGCUGGGGGACAAAGAAUAAUAAAAUCUCCAAUCCAUUUCUUCCUCGCUUAGUGUCAAUAAUGAAUAUAGUCUGGAUUUCGUUUCUUACAUAACAUGCGUCACCGGUAUGAAAGAGUCACGUUUACUGUAGCUUGAGAAGGCAUUCAUUCA